CUUACACUUCCCGACGCCAUACCAUGCGAGGUCGUCUGCUCGUCGGUAAUCGAUCCUGGGCACUUCUUCCUUCAACAACCGACACAUCCAUCAUUUUCAUCCCUAUCACAUCUUGAUAUGUAUAUGAUUCGACUUUAUAGCCAAGGCACAGAUAUUCCUGAUUUACCUAAACCGUGUCAAACUGGUUUAUUAUGCGCGGCUCCAGUGCUUGGCGCUUGGUUCCGUGCAGUCACAGUCAGCUAUUAUGCUGAAACUGAUGAGGUUAUGCUAAGAUUCGUCGAUUAUGGUGGUUACACCCGGUUACCUCGAAGUGAAUUAAGACAAAUAAGGACGGAUUUAAUGUCAUUGCCAUUCCAAGCUAUUGAAUGCUAUCUUGCACACGUGCAACCAAUUGAUGGAACCUGGCAAUGGGGUGAGGCAGCAUUUGCACAUUUCCAAAAACUUUGCAUGGGCAAAGUAAUGAAUGCAACAGUGGUUGGAUUCAACGUGAGUGAUAAAGUACCAAUGGUGGAAUUGACAGUACUUGAUGAAGAAAACAAGGACAGACAAUUUUCCCAGGGCAGGGGAUGGAACGAAGACAAAAAUGAUCUUUCUUUUGAUUUUUAUAGCAGAUGGGGACCAAUUAUUGUCUGGUUGAAUAGUGCAGCCAAAUACUUGAAUUUUGUAGCGAAAAACCUCGAGGACUCGAAAAUGCUCCAUUCAGCAGGAUGA